AUGAAACACUUAAUCCUCGUCCGACAUGACGAUACGGUGACCUAUUCGCAUACCCUGGGGAACACCGACCAUGAUCUUACAUGCUUUCCUUCAGGUGACUCCAACUCAAACAUCCUUUCUACCCACCCCCCUAUUUCUACCCAUUCCUAUAACUUAGAUAGCCAAACCGGACACUAUUAUGACAAAAAACAAGAUUUACUAAAUACAGCUGUGUCGAAAGCCUCUACAAAGACUGAAGAUGACUUUGAUGUUAAUGAAUAUUUUGCGAGGUUACAAGGCACACGUUACGUCAGUGCUCCGUUGCAUAGCCAUCCUGACCCGAAUGCUAAUUUAACAGAAACGGAAGAAAAUUUGGAGGAAAUAAACUUGAACGACGAUAAGACAUCAGAGGUGCAGCAGAGUUUAACAUCCGAUAUUGCUCAAAAUUUUUCACAGCUACCGAAUGUUUUACCACACGUUGCGAGCGCUGUGUUCAGCUCUUUCUCAAACAUGUGGAGUAUGAAAAGUCGUGAACAGACUCCCGAUGAAAGAGCUCACAGCUUACAAGAUGUCCAGUUUCAAGAGAACCAGGCUCCAAUUCAAUUCCAAAGUAUUCAGGGGUCUCAAAAAUAUGAAGACGUACAAUUUCAAGGGACUCCAGAUUCAAAUCAGUUUCAAAGCCAAGGUUUCACGAGUAACAUUUCGAGUGUGCCAGUGAUGAAGACUGAGGAUGCGGUGAAAGAGGUAGCCCCUCCACCGAAGGAACCUCCAACAAGUGGUGCCUCGAAUUUUAGAUUGUCAACAACAAGAAAAAAAUACGCACAAAUACCGGGUCUAUCGACUGGAGAAUCACAACAAAUAGCAUUCAAUCCACUGACACAGAAUGUUCCCUCAUAUUUUAUUCCAACCGACUUUAACACCUCUGAAGAAAACGAGAAAACGGAUACAGUAGAAUGUUCUAAUAAUAUCACGGAACCAAUAUCGAAAGAUAAAAACGAAAGUUAUAACAUAUUUACACCUGUACAUGACACUACAACUGAAGAAAUAUCUAAUCCUAUUCACGCAUUUAUGCCAGACAAUAACUUUCACAAACCACUAGAAGAGACACUUCCUCCCAUCAAUUUACAAAAUGUAAUUCCGGAUAUACCUCCACCACCAAUGUUUUCCACACAACGUAAAGAGAAUCCUGCUGGAAAGUCUAUUUUACCGCCAUCGGUCGCCCGUCGUAUUGGCUCAAAUCAUCCAGUUAUGAAACAACAAAUAAUCCCACCGUCUCUAACUGAUAAUAUAUUUGUACCAACGUUUGAUUCCACCCCGACUAAUGAGCCCAAUAUAUCUUCUGAUGGUACUGCUAUACCAACACAUAAUACACAAAUGUUUACUUCCAAUAUAAACUCCCCUUUUCAGCCGUUGCGACAAGAAAUUCCUAGUGCUUGGCCAACGAAUUUACCUGCUCAAAUAUCACACCCAUCUUCAACUAUUCCACAAUCGGCGCCACCUAUGAAUAAAUCAUCAAGCUCCACAAUUACAUUCCCUUCACAGCCAGACCCCAACUCUAAGGAGGUUUUACCUGAAAAUAAACCAGCACCAUACAUAUUUGAAUCUAUAAAACAAACGGUUACUCCAAGCAUAUUUACACCUGGUUUUUCGGACUCCGCAUCUCCGCCAUCGAGUUCAGGAUUAUUAUCUUCUCCACCAGAAUCGACACGGCUUCCACCUCCGACAAAUGUAUUUUCUCCACACCCUUCCGUUCCACAAGCUAUAACAGCAUCAUUCUCUGCUGCUACAACAGUUGGUUCGUAUACAGAACAGAAUCUAAGUCUAUUUACUAUGCAAACACCGAACCAGACUAAUUUAUCUAGUUUGGAGAGUAAUGCUGCAGAAACACAACUAUUAUCACAUCCACCAAAGUCACUAGUUGAACCACCUAAAGUAAUAGGGGCAUCCAACUUUAGGAUGAUAAAGAAAAGGCCACAGUAUUACUCAGGACCAAUAGAAGGCUUUGGCUCGAUAAGUAAUAAUAUAAAACCUAUCAUACCUGCAGUAGAUUCUGGCACAUUCCAAGGAGCUCUAUUUACGCCUGAACAAGCUCAGCACGAUACAAGUAUACCAUCGUUUGAUAUAAAUAAACCUACUGAAAGUUCAGCAUCGUAUACACAUUCUGAAGUCAGUCCUGUUGCCAAUCUAGGUUCAAAUUUAACUAUGCCACCAUUUAUGAAUCAGGAAUCUACUUACGCAAACUAUAAUACAACACCAUUUCAAGAUGAUAAUAAUCCUUACGAUGUUAGCAGAUCUAAAGCUCAAAGUUAUGAAUCUAAAGAGGAGAUAAAAGAGUCUAAAGGGUUCGGCAUAAUUGGGUCGCUGAAGUCUAAACUUAGUAACAUAGAUAUCAAUAAGAUUCAAAGUAGUGUGACAACGUUCUUCGAUCCCGGCUAUACUAACACCAAAAAGGAUGAUUUCGUUGCGCAGGAAAAUAUACCCUAUAAUCCUCCUCAAUAUCAUGCUCAACCUCAAAGUAACAUCGAUAUUUUUGUACCAAAUAUCGAACCAAGCAUGCCAUAUAGUUCGAACAGUCAAGGUUAUCAAAAUAUAUAUGGUCAAGGAAACUAUGAUAACUCAGGCCAGUACAAUAUACAUCAGCAAAAUCCACCAUUUAUGGAUCAAAAUUACCCUAACCAAACAUACUCAAGGAAUUACUAUUCGGAGCAAAUACAAAAUCAACAUCACGUAAGCAAUAUAUGCUCACAGGGCAACACUGCAGAUAUCAUUACUAGUAAUCUACAAUCCACAAGUAAUACAAAUAUACCAAGCAAAAUUGAGACAAAAGAUUCAAGUAAAAAUAUUAAUUAUACUCAAACUGAAGUAUAUCCAACUAAUGAAACGGACAACUUUUCUGAAAUUUCAAGUUUACUGCACACUGAAGUCAAGAAUGAAGAAAACACCAGUAAUUUAGAGACUAAACCGGAACCUGCAAUGAAAAGCAAAUCAUAUGAAUUUGAGUGUUCAAUAACGGAAAUCAUAGAUUCAACGUCAAAACUGUCUAAUAUAAUACCAUGUCCUGGUGAAUACAAAGAUACUAUUGUAAAUAAUUCUCUGUACGAACCCCCUCAAACUAUUGCCGAACAAAAAUCACUAUUUGAAACUUCAAGUAACUUUUAUCCGAAUCAAUUUGAAGAGAAUCGAGAUAAUAUGCCAAAACAAACGUUUGCUAUUGAAACUAAAUCUACUACUCAAUCAGUUAUGUCUUCGAACACAGCACAUAAUAUAAGAGAUAAGGUAGAAAAUACGAAAAAAGAUAACUUAUUGGAAUCUUUGUCCAAAGAAGAUGUACCCAUAUUGGGUGUUUCAUCAGUACCAUUAUUUGGCCUUGCUACAAUUGUAGGUGAUAAAGCUAAUAAGAGCAAUGAACAAAGUUAUGGAAUAGGUUUACCUUUAUAUGAAAGAAUAAGAAAUAAAGAUAUAAUCGACAGGAACGCAAGCAUAAGUUUCUUUGAUCAUGUAGGCGUGAAAGACCAAAAAACAUUAGGCCAAGGCGCUUUUAAUAUUGAUAAUACAUUAAAAUCAAAAGAUGAGGAGUAUCAUGCUCAAAUAACAAGUGCUAGUUAUUUUACUAAUGAUGAUAUUCCCGAAGAAAAUGUUAAUAUUACAAAAAGUGAUGUAAUGGUAGACAGGGAGGUAAAUCUAUUUGAAAAUAUUGGUGCUAAAGCAAAACCUGGUGAUUUUGAUAUAAAUGAAGAAACAGUAUUAGUUAAGAAAGAAAACGUAGACCAUUUCAAAGAUAUUUAUAAACCAGAGGAUAUUGAAAAUGUUUCUGAAUUGAACAUUUGUGAAACUUGUAGAGAAGUAUAUAAACCGGAAGAAAAGGACAUAGAUAAAGAUGAUCUGACUACGCAGUUGAUAGAAAAUAUAACAUCACCUAUACAAUUGUCAAAUCCUGUUGAAGUUCCCUUAACCGAAGAUAAUAAUGGUGAACAAGUUGAAUUUGAUGCUGAGCAGUUUGAAGAAAUAUCUCACAUCACUGAAGAAACAAUGGAAAGUAUAAAUGUACAGUCAGUUACUGAACUUUUAGAUGACGAUGGUAUUAAAAGUAUGAAUUAUGAAUGGACAGCUGGUGAAGACUAUACAUCAAAUCCACUGAAACCUCAUGAUUAUGCCUUCCAAGGCAAUCGUAAUGCAGUUGGAUUCUUUGGUGAUUCUCCAUUGAAUAAUAAAGUACCAAAAAAUGCUAGCGAUGAAUUGAAGGCUGAAUUUAGACACCAAGUUGUAAUAUUACCCAGGCAGAUGAGUAUACCAUCUGCACCACCAGCUGAGGAGGACUCAAAGUUUGAUGAAAGUGGUGUUUUAGAUGUUAAUUCUAUAGAAUUAGAUGCGAAAGAAGACUUUCCUGUAUACGAGGAAUUUGUUAUAGAACCUUCUGAAACCGAUGACGAUAAAUUAGAAUUCAAGGAGAGAGAGAAAACAGAAGAAAACGAGCUAGAUUCAUUUACGAAUAGGGUAGAGAAGUUUAAGAAAAUGGAAGAAGUGGCUGAUAACGUAGAAAGCAAACCUGUGCUUAAAUUACAUGAAUUGCAUAACCAACCAGUAAGCAUGGCAUCCUAUUUCGACACCGGAAACUAUGCAGCAGAAACUCAUUACAGGAACAUAUUAAUUUCACCAAGUAAUAUAACGAUACCACCAGGUUUCGAAGAAGAGUUUAAGAAAAGGCUAGCUCUGGCCAACGAAAAAAACCUUUUAAAAACGGUUCCAGAUACGCAGACUCAAACUAAAUCUACUGUUUCCGUAACCACAGCGCAAAGUAUAAUGCCAGUUGGUUUUAAUGUUGUAAGCAAUUUUACAAAAGCAGUUAUAACUGACACACUGACUGAGACGCCUCUUUUCAUGGCAGAAUCAGUCAAAAUGACGGAAUCGUCAUCAAUAUUUGAUUCUCAAGAAAAGGAACCAGCUUCUUUUAUAAAUUACGGAUCUUUUGAUAUGAUGAAACAACCGUCUGAAAUUGCUUCUGAAGCCAUAAAAACAGACAUCAUUCCUGGCAGUUCAAUUUUUCCGACAAUAUCUGGAGAUGACAAGAUUGGAGUCGUCCAAAUGCCUGAAGCGUCAUCCGUUUGUAAACCUGAUGCUGUCGAAAUGCCAAAAGUUUCAUCGAUUUUCGGUUCCCAAGGAUUGAUUCUAGAAACCUCAAAUAUCUUUGCCUCUAGUAAACCAAAAAUACCUGAACCAUCUCUCCUUUUUCCUCCUAGCAAUUUAGGAAUCGAUGCGAAUGAAACUAAUACAGAAAAAAGAAUGGCCGCACCUGUACUGCCAGAUCCAAUGAAUUUCUUUGCGGAUUCUACUCCUGAGGCGCCUUCCGAAAAUAUUAACAGAUUAGCCAGCUAUUUCAGUUCUCCCCCUAAAACCGAACAUGCGAAGUCUUUUUUUGAGUUAAGCCAAAGCCAAAAUCAUUAUAAAUAUUCCACAAGCUCCCAAAAAUAUGAAGAUCUAAUCAAAGAUUUAACUUCAGUCCAAAACUUGGCUGUACCUACCGAUCAAACUAUAAGACACGUAAAUUAUUUUACAGUAGAAUACGAUGUUGUGCCUGAAUUUAGUAAAGGCGAUAACUCAGCAGACGUAUUGAUCGACACUGAUGAAAAAGAUUUAGAGUCUUUAAAUCACUGUAGUUAUUGCACUGCACUAAUUUACGAUAAACGUUAUAAAGUAAAAUCUUCAAUGAAUAACAAUACAGAAGAACCCAACAGUGAGCCAAAUAUGGAAACGACCAAUAGCGGGCCGACGAAUUCUGUGACGGUUAAUUUCGACGGAAUUCCGUUAAAUGAAGAGACAAAUGAAGGAGUGGUUAUACAGGCAGAGCAUCGCUCCAGUCCAGAAUACGGUCCAGUAAAACACCAUUGGUUUUAUCGAGUAGACGUGGAGGACAAAUCAAUAUGGCGAGGCUUCUCUGUACAGGAUUCCAGAGCUUUGGAGAGCAGUUACCUCAGUCCGGAUUUGAACGAGAGCACCCUGGUGCCAACAGACGGUGGAAGGUAUGACGUGAACCUGAUGGGUCGGUUGAGGAUUCCUGUGUACUGGAGCGAUAAGCCGACCAAUGUGAGAAGAUGUAGCUGGUUCUACAAAGGCACUACAGAUCCAAGAUAUGUCCCGUACACGGAAACCGUAGCUGAGAAACUUGAGGAUGAAUACUGGCACGGCAUCUCUACAGGCGAAUGGCACAGACGCCUGGUGCUGCCCAACGGCGAGGUGGUAGUUAUGCACGGACCCAACGUGAUGGUACACUUUUUGCACAGCGAUGCUUUCAGCACACCACCGCAAUCCAGCUCUCGCCCUCGCGUCGUCCGCCGCGGUCACGAUGACUCUGAGAUCGAAGAUGCAGAACCGUCCAGCAUUGAUCAUCUGUUGCUGCUGUGCCACGGAGUGGGGUCUGCGUGUGACAUGCGCUUCAGAUCUGUAGAGGAAGUUGUGGAAGACUUCAGAGCGACCAGCUUGCAACUUGUCCAGUCUCAUUAUAAAAACUCAUACGAUCAGGGCAUCGUGAACAGAGUUGAGGUGCUGCCCAUCUCCUGGCACGAGGCGCUGCACUCGGGCGAGACGGGCGUGGACCGGCGCCUGGCGCAGAUCACGCUCGACAGCAUCCCUCGCCUUCGGAACUUCACCAACGACACCGUGCUCGAUGUACUCUUCUACACCAGUCCGGUUUUCUGUCAGACAAUACUGAACACGGUGUGCCAAGAGCUAAAUCGAAUUUACCAGCUAUUCAAGAAGAGGAAUCCAUCCUUCGAAGGAGGAGUGUCUCUCGGAGGACACUCCCUCGGUAGCGUCAUCCUCUAUGAUCUUCUGUGUCAUCAACUUGCAGAGAGCGAACGCCGCGAGAGCCAGGUGUCUGAGAAGCAGUAUGUGCCCGGCCCGGCAGGGACCGGACGACCCGGCGUUCUCUACCCGCGGUUGGAGUUUGAACCGGCCGCGCUUUAUGCCCUAGGGAGUCCCAUCGCGAUAUUCGAAUGCAUCCGCGGCGUAGAGUCCUUAGGAGCUGAAUUCGCUCUGCCAACUUGCAAGAACUUCUUCAAUAUCUUCCAUCCUUACGACCCCAUAGCGUAUAGAAUUGAACCCCUGAUCAACAGUCGGCUAAAGGAAUUGAAGCCAUAUUUGAUACCACAUCACAAAGGAAGAAAGAGGAUGCAUUUGGAGCUAAAAGAUACAAUGGCUCGUGUGGGUGCCGAUCUCAAACAGAAGCUGGUGGAGUCCCUCCGUAAUACCUGGAACAAGUGGAAGUCCACGCCCACCGAUGGAUCUCUCGAGCAGGUUGUGGAAGAAGAUUUGGAAAGAGAGCAGCUAUUUGAAAAUAAAGAAGAAUUAGCGAAAGAGAGAGAGUUGUCCACUCCUGAGAUGCUGGGCCGUCUGAACGGAGGGCGUCGCGUGGACUACGUUCUGCAAGAGGCGCCUCUCGAGAUGAUCAAUGAGUACCUUUUCGCUAUGAGCAGCCACGUUGGAUAUUGGGAGCUGAAGCCAGAUGAUUUUGCUGCUCGGGAGAUAUACUCAGCUUUGGAGUCCAGCCGGACUCCACGGUCCCACAGCAGAGCAUGA